UCCUCUACCAAUCCCAUCCACAACCAAACCUCCAAAAUGAAAUCCUUCAUCGUAUUCGCCCUCUUCGUCGCCGCCGCCGCCGCCGCGCCCGCCAACCCCGACGCUGACGCUUACGUCGUCAAGUAUGACAGCGACAACAUCGGCGUCGACGGAUACAACUACAAUGUGCAGACCUCCAACGGUAUCUCCCAGCAAGAGCAGGGUCAGGUGAUCAACCCUGGAACUGACAACGAGGCCAUCGCCGUCCGCGGACAAUUCUCCUACACCGGCCCUGACGGCCAGCAGUACACCGUCACCUACGUCGCUGACGAGAACGGCUUCCAGCCCCAGGGUGCCCAUUUGCCCGUUGCUCCCCAAUAAACGACCAAAUAAACGCCAGUAAACUAGCCAUAGUUAACUUUGCAAACUACAUAAUUAUAGUAAAAUUUUGUAAACAUCCGUAGAGUACUUCAGUGGCGCUGUUAAAAGCGCGGUAAUAAACG